CCGCACCCCCGAUCCCCCGUCCAACCGACAAGAACUCCCCUCACCCAACCACAAAGCCAGCACAGCUUCGAUGGUGCCUGGCGAUAUGACCGCGACCGGGACAACCUGCUCCUGACUCAGGGUCAGUGUGAUCUAGCCUUCCCCGAUCUCUUUGCCGAUCUCGAGCGUGCCGGUGCUGCACGCGCCGACCGUCCGAUCACCCUCGGAGAAAUCGACUCGGUACCCCCGCGGAAUGGAUACAUCCGUGCCAUGAUUUAUGACCAACAGCUCUAUGUAAUUGCUAAAGAAGGCGCUAUCUGGUCGCGUGAGAUUGCGACGCUUUCCGCCAUCAACCGGGCCAUUCUCACCUCGCCCGAGCCUCUCCCCAACAUCGAAUUCGCUUUCAAUACCGACGAUCACAUCGACAACGCCGCCCAAUGGGGUUACACCCGCCGCCCCGAGGACGAGCUGGUAUGGCUGGUCCCCGAUUUCGGGUUCUGGUCCUGGCCAGAGAUCAAAGCCGGUUCGAUCAAGGAAAUCCUCAUGGACGUUGAGGGCGCCGAGAAAGAUGGAAUGACCUGGUCGAAGAAAAACGACAAACUAUUAUGGCGGGGCACAUUAACCCUAGGCUAUGAGAUCCGAAACAAGCUCCUCAGCGUGACUCAGAAGAAACCCUGGGCGGACGUCAAAUCUCUCGACCAGGACGGUCAGCAAACCAUGCAAGACGAAUACCGAACGAUGCCGGAGUUCUGCGACUACAAAUACCUCGCUCAAACCGAAGGCAAUACCAAUUCCGGCCAUCUUAAAUAUCUACAAAUGUGUCGUAGUGUGGUCGUCUCGCACAAGCUAGACUGGAUCCAACAUCACUCCCACCUUUUGCGCUCCUCGGGUUCCCAGCAGAACUUUGUCGAGGUCGAUCGCGAUUGGUCCAACCUUGAGAAGAAGAUGAAAUGGCUGCGCAAGCACGACAAAGAUGCCCAGCGCAUAGCCGACAAUAGCGUGGAGACAUUCCGCGAGCGUUACCUCACCCAAGCAGCCGAGGUCUGCUACUGGCGCCGUUUAAUCCAAGAAUGGGCCAAGGCGAGCGACUUCGAACCGGAGUUCUUCACAGAAGAAAAUGGCAAGAAAGUCCAAAGGGGAUUGAGCGCGGAGACCUUCUUGCUGAUGCGCGCUAUGGAUUGGGAAUCUUAG